CCUCACCACUUGCUUCCCUUUCAAAAUCUUUAUCCCAAAACUCACACAUAUAUAUAGAGAGAGAAAUAAAUGUGUGAAAAAAGAUGGGGAAGUGCUUCAAUGGGCUUGCGUUCUUCAUUUCCUCUCUAUCUCUCUAUAAAGAUUAGAUUUUUAAUCUCUGGGCAAAAGGCGAUCACCUUUUUCUGUUGAUAUAUAUCAGUUUCUGUUAGUUCUUCAUUUUUUUUCCCAAAUAUUUUGGGGGUUUUUUCUCUCCGGGAGAGAUGGGGGCAUGCGUUUCAAGACCGGAGAGCUGUGUAGGCGGCAAGUUUGGAGCUCAAAAGAGGAAGAAAUUCAGGAAGAGAAGAAGGAUCACUGCUAUCAAGAAUAGGGCAACUUCUUCACGUUCAUCUGAUCGUUCUAGUGAUCAACUUGAAAAUGCUUUCCCUUCCGAUGGCUCCUUCAACAAUCCCAGCCUUUAUGGGAGUGUCGAGGAAGCCUGGUUUGAUUCUGCUGCAAUAUUCGAAUCUGAUUGCUGCAGUGACGAGGAAUUCCAGAGUGUUUCUGAUGAUGCUCGCUCUCUCGAUGGCUUUGAAACCGAGCAUGUUCACGUGCCCGGGAAUUCAUCAGCCAGCUGCAAUUCUACUUGUAACUCUGUCACCGGGAUUGCCAAAACUCGCAUCCAACCAAACAGCUCAGUGCAUCCGAAAGAUGCUGAUUCUGGACAGCGAAACGAGGUAAAACCUGUGUUCCUAAGUGAAACCUCGUUGUCUUGCUUGCCCUGUCUUGCUUCUACUGUCCCUCCCGUUGAGAAACGAAGAUCCUCGAGCUCCAGUCCUCGAAAGAAGGCUGCAUUAAAACUGCCCUUCAAAUGGAAAGACGGGAAUUCUAAUUCUGGUUUAGUUUCAUCGAAGUCGCUUCUGCAAAGACCAAAUGCGGGUUCUCAAGUACCGGUUUGUCCCUUCGAGAAGAGAAUCCCAAACAGUUGGUCUCGCAUUGAGGCAGGUUCUUUCAGAAUUCGAGGAGAGAACUACUUCCGGGACAAGAAAAAGGAGUUUGCUCCAAAUUAUGCUGCAUAUUACCCAAUUGGCGUCGAUGUAUUUCUAUCCCAGAGGAAAAUAAACCACAUUGCUCAGCUCGUGGAGCUUCCCGUUAUUGAAUCUUCAGCCAAUCUUCCACCCAUUCUCGUCGUGAAUGUCCAGAUACCAUUAUACCCAGCCACGCUUUUUCAGAACGAAACAGAUGGAGAAGGAAUAAGUUUCGUUCUGUACUUCAAGCUUUCUGAUAGUUACGCGAAAGAGCUUCCAUAUCAUUUCCAAGACGGUAUAAGAAAGCUGAUCAACGAUGAAAUGGAAAAAGCGAAGGGUUUUCCAAUAGACAACAUCGUACCAUAUAGGGAACGGUUGAAGAUCCUAGGUCGUGUAGCAAAUGUCGAUGAUCUGCCUUUGAGUGCAGCGGAGAGGAAGCUAAUGCAUGCCUACAAUGAAAAACCCGUCCUUUCUCGUCCUCAACAUGAGUUCUAUGUGGGAGAAAAUUAUUUCGAAAUUGAUUUAGAUAUGCACAGAUUCAGUUAUAUCUCCAGGAAAGGUUUUGAAGCAUUCUUAGAUAGGCUAAAAUACUGCAUCUUGGAUUUUGGCCUCACCAUUCAGGCUAACAAAUCCGAGGAAUUGCCAGAGCAGAUGUUAUGUUGUAUAAGGUUAAAUGAAAUUGAUUAUGAGAAUUAUCAGCAACUAGGGUUGAAUCAAGAGCCCCUUGAAUAGGUGGAUUAUAGGUUUAUAGUCUUCAAAGAUGGAAGAUUUUUGCCCCCGAAGUAACGGCGGUUUACCUCUUCUACGUGAUUUGAAGAUUAUUAAACGAGAGAUGUUUACCCAGUGUAUAUACCCUUAGUAGUGACAGCUGGUUGAUGAUUUACCUCUUCUACAUAAUUUGCGGAUUAUUACAUAGGAGCGAUUUACCCCGUGUACAUCCUCAGUAGUGACUGUGGGUUGACAGUUUACUUCUUA